CUUUUACCUGUACUCUCUUUCUCCUUCUCCCCCUUACAUCGCGCUUCUUCCUGGGUCCAAUCCCCUCCUCCCCCAAAACCGUCAUCUGCAUUCACACGUUUCCCGGAUCUACACGCCGAAUCGGGAAGACGCCGUUGCCUUCAAUUGGGUAGUCCUCCCCUCCGUCAAUCACUUACUUGCAGACCGCUAUCUCGAGUCCCAAGGCCGCAGAGAGAGGGGGCCAAAACCCUGUAGGCCGAGGACACGACAGCCCGGAGGACGCACACGCAUCAAGCGUAGGAAAAAGAAGAAGAAGGGAGGGGGAAAAGAAAAAGAAAAAGAAAGGUACAUCGUCACGACGAUCUCCAAUGAUAGUUGGCCACGCAAGCGCCAUACAUACCCUCUCGCCGACGUUUCGAACCCUGCGAUUCAGCCAGUGACUACGGUUUCUUGGUGUGCUCUACGCGUACUCCCCCCAUAAACGAUAUACCUCAUAUAUAGGGUAUUCUGUUUUCCCAGCUAUUACCUCUCCGCUCCGCCUCACGCAGAGGCUAUCGAUAAGUCGGCGAGCGUUUGCUGUGUUUGGCAGAGAGGGAGGUGGCUACACGGCCGUCACAUUCGCGGUCACUUGUAGGACCAUCCGUCACAGGAGAUCGCGGGGGUUUAAUACGUGAAAUCACAAAGCCUGUGGAGGACCCAAGCCGAUUUGGCUUCUUGGCGAAAGCUUGAACCCCAAUCUCGAUCGCUUUCUUUCGUGCACAAUCACGGCAAAUUGCAACCAUGCCUACCCUCGCGCUCACAAACUUCAACAUCGUGGUCGGCCUGCUGGGGGGCUGGAUCUCGUUGUUUGGGCUGGUGUCAUUCCUAUGCAAGGAGACAUACUACCUCUCCGAAGCCCUGAUAUCCCUCUUGGCGGGCGUCGCCUUCUCCCCUUCGGCGGCAAAUCUCAUCAGACCGCUAGACUACGCAGGCACUCCGGCCAACGUCGAGGCCGUCACGCUCGCCUUCUCGCGCCUCGUCCUUGGCGUCCAGCUUGUUCUCGCAGGCGUCCAGCUGCCGAGCAGGUACCUCCGCACGCAGUGGAAGCCUAUGGCCUUGCUCGUCGGGCCCGUCAUGACAUGCAUGUGGAUCGCGACAAGCCUUCUCGUCUGGGCCUUGACGCCGGGCCUGCCGUUCCUGCAUGCCCUGGCCAUCGGCGCCUGCGUGACGCCCACUGACCCUGUGCUGUCCAAUGUCAUCGUCAAGGGACGUUUCGCCGACCACAACAUCCCCUCGGAGCUGCAGAACCUCAUCAUCAGCGAGUCGGGCGCCAACGACGGCCUGGGCUAUCCGUUCCUGUUCUUCGCGCUGUACCUGAUCAAGUAUAUCGGGGACGGCGGCGAGCAGGUGCCCGGCGGCGCGGGCCUCGCGAUGGGGUUGUGGUUCGGCGAGACUUGGGGGUAUACCAUCGUCCUUAGCGUCAUCUACGGCGCCGUCGUAGGCUGGCUGGCCAAGAGAUUGUUGCGAUGGGCCGAGAGACACAAGUACGUCGACCGGGAAAGCUUCCUGGUCUUUGCGAUCUCCCUAGCGCUCUUCAUCGUCGGGACAUGCGGCAUGAUCGGUAGCGACGACGUUCUGGCAUGCUUUAUCGCGGGGAAUGCCUUUACAUGGGACGAUUGGUUCCGUUUGGAAACCGAGGACGACUCGUUCCAGCCCACCAUCGACAUGUUGCUGAACGUCACAAUCUUUAUUUGGUACGGCGCUGUCAUUCCGUGGGACGAUUUCCUCCACAACGAUGUGAUCCCGAUCCAUCGCCUUGUUGCGCUAGGCGUGCUUGUGCUACUGCUCCGGCGCUUGCCUUUUGUCUUCGCGAUUCACCGCUGGAUACCUCAGAUCGAGCAGGCGAAGCAGGCCAUCUUCGUGGGCUUCUUUGGUCCCAUCGGAGUAUCGGCCGUCUUUUAUCUUUACGUGACCGUUGAAUUCCUGCACACUCUGAACGAGGGCCAUGAGCCCCGCGCUGAUGUCGCUCACAUGGCUGAGGCCGUCCGGGUCAUCGUCUGGUUUCUCGCCGUUUGCAGUAUAGUUGUCCACGGCUUGAGCAUUCCACUCGGAAAGCUCGGCUACUACGCGCCUCGUACGCUGUCCAGGGGCAUGUCCUUCAUGAGCGGCGACGGCGGCGACGACUCCGGUCCAUUCCGGAUCCGAGGUCGAGUAUUGUUCCCAUUUGGCCGGACUCGAUCCGAAGGGGCCGAUGGGCCAACAUCUGUUGAUGCCGAGUCUCGGGCUUAUUCUCAGUCUGAAAACGAAGGAAGUCGGCCAAUUUACAGAAUUGGUGGCUCAGUCAUCCCCCAGCGCUCGGCGGGCGCAGAAGAAUCGGACGUGUCUGCUCUUGAGCCAAGACGGCCCGACCAACCGGGUCAAUAUCCAGGUCCCGAGCACGGAGGUGGUAUUGCUCAGACAAAGGCGGCUGAACACCAGUCACCGGCGCCACCGCCACCAGAGCUCCAAAGUCGUACAAUCCGCUUCCCGGAUGAGACACCCGCACCUCGGGGAUUGCAAACACCAUGAUGCGGAACAUUGCAAUACACACUUUUCUGCAAAAGCAUUUCUCUACUCACGGGUGACGGGGGCAAGGAGACCAGUAUGGUCAGUAGUAUGUAGAGCGACGUCGUCCGUGCGGGUUCCCUGCACUUGAAACCUGAAGAAAAAAAAUGCGGGCACAUCCAUGAAAGAAUCAAACGAACAAUUGAAGAGUAAUUGGGCUCUUCAUUGAACAAUUUGCCAUUGACGCUCAUUCACGCCACCUCUUGAAAGUCGUAUGCAGCAGACGUGCUGUCGGAUUUCCGCUAGGGAGCCACCUAGUUAGUACUGGGAUGUCGCUCAUUGGCGCUCUUGGUCGAUAGCUCUUGACUAGGUUACCGCCGCCUUCCGAGUCCAGGUGAUUAGUCUAGGACGUUUCGAUCAAGGUCAGAUGGGAGAGCAGCUUUAUGCAAGGGCUCCGGAAGGCGCCAUAAUUUACAUAAGAGUUUGUGCAGCCCCCGGUUUCCUGCGCAAGCUCCG